AGGGACGGAGUCCACCAACGACCCAACUUUUAAUGUAUGCGGGCCGAGGCGAACCGCCGUGUUGUCUCGGACUAUUUCUUUGUAGCUUUUAAAUGCGUCUUCCGCGUUGAUUUGGCUUCACCGCUGCUCGCUGCUUGCUGUCUGUGUUGUUCAAUAGAUGAUCAGUUUUUGCCCUGAAAAGAGAAAAGAAAGGAAGGAAGAAAGAAAGAGAGAAAGCUGUUGUCUCUUUUUAUUUGCCCGUGCGAGUCCAACACAGUACGGAGAUCAGCGAAACAAUUUGAGUGACUGACUGCAUGGAUCAGACUUAACAUGAAGAGCCUUAAAGCCAAGUUUAGAAAAACUGAUGUAAACGAGUGGAACAAAAACGACGAGCGCCUGCUUGCUGCUGUGGAGCAUGGCGAGGUGGACAAAGUUGUGUCCCUUCUCACUAAGAAAGGUGCCAAUGCUGCGAAGCUGGACGGCGAGGGGAAAUCAGCACUUCAUGUAGCAGCUGCUCGUGGCCUAACAGAAUGCCUCGCUGUGAUGUUGGCUCAUGGAGCUGACCUCUCAGUCACAGAUGCUGCUGGUUUUACUCCCUUACACCUGGUUGCCAAAAACAAUCAUCUGGAAUGUUGCAGGAGGCUUAUUCAGAGUAAAUGUCCUGUUGAUCCAGUGGAUAACUCAGGAAGAACUGCUCUGCAUCAUGCUGCUGCUGGUGGGAACGUCCAGAUUGUUCAGCUGCUGUGUGAACUCAAAACCUCCAUCAACCAAAAAGAUAUAGAUGGCCUCACUCCCUUGAUGCUGUCAGCCAAACACGGUCAUCCUGAGGUGUGCAGCACUCUGGUAGACUGUGGUGCUGAAAUCAACACUCCUGACAACUGUGGCAGGACUGCUUUGAUGCUUGCAGCUGAAUCCAACGCAGUAGCUGCGGUAGAGGUUUUAGCUCAGAAGGGAGCAGACCUGUCCGCUGUAGAUUCAGAUGGCCAUGAUGUUGUACACUAUACCAAGAUGUUGGGCAGCUCUGAAGCCAAGACUGCCCUCUUGGCUGCUCUGAACAGACAUCCACUUUUGGAUUCCAAGUCUCCAAGAAGUCCUCAGCAUGAUCAGGUAGCUAAGCUAAGUGAUGAGCGGAUCACAACUCCCAAAAAACGAAAAGCACCUCCACCUCCUAAUAGCCCACUGCAGAGUUCUGGACCCUCCUCUCCUUCUGCUGUUACUCCUACCAGCACUCCUGCUUCCAACAAAGGUGACACUCCAAAGAGAUUUAACUACAAGGAGGACGAGUUUACAGGAUUACCACUGAAAGAGGUUGAGAAGCUCCAUGAAGAGAGAAACAUGUUGCUGGAGACAAUCAAAGACCUGAAGCAAACGGUGGAGACGGUGACCGUUCCUCAAAUGGAGGUCGAGCACACAGCGUCUGCAGCUCUGGUUUCUGCUCUGCAAGCCAGGAUUACUGCGCUUACUUUGGAAAACCAGGAGCUUGCAAACAAACUGAAGAGACUUCCUUCCCUACCAGGAAAUGAGCUAACGGAGAACAGUCGUCCGGACAGCAUGGCCUCCAACUCCUCCUUCCAUUCCACACAGGAUGAGUUUCAUUCACCGGCACAAGUAGCCUCUACAACUCAGGUGGAAGAGGGAGAGCAUCCCAUUAAACUACAGGAAGAGGGGGGUGAAGGUGGGAGCCAGGAGGAAAUCAGGAUUUUGAAACAAGCACUUGAAAGCCUUCAAAUAAAGCUGCUUGAAACCAAGAAAGAAUACUGCUUGCUUCAGGCUCAGCUGAACUCUGACAGACAGAGACAAAGAGAUGAGGAUGGAAGUGUUGGAGAGAAAAAAAGGGAGGAAGAGUUGAUGGAAAGUUUAGCAGAGCUGCAGGCAAAACUGACAGACACUCAAGAGAGAUACCAUCAAGCUAUGGAGGAAGUGGAGGAUCUGAAAGCACAGAUGGGAAGGGGAGAAGAAGAGUUCACAGAGAAACUAGAGGUGAAGAAACUGGAACACGAGAUAAAACAACUGAAGGGGCUUGUCCAGUUGGAGUCAGAAAAAGAUGAAACGGCUCAGCGAAUCAGACCGAUGGAAGAAGCGCUGCAGAGGACGGAGGAGGAGAGGCGGACAGCAAAGGAAAAAGAACAGAGAUCGGCGCAGAUCGAAGAGCUUUACAAGGAGGCACAAGAGGAAGUCAGAGUGCUCCAGGAGGCCCUGAAGGGAACGGUCCCCGUCGAAGCCGCAGCCAAAGACUUUGAGGAGAUGAAGUCUGAUUUAAAUGAGGUCAUUGCUGGCCAGCAACAGCGCUUGCUGGAGCUGUCACACUCCUACAGUGAAACCAAAAGCCAGCUGAUUGCCGCUCAGAAAGAACUGGCCGAAGCCCGAGCUGAGAAACCCUCAGCCUCAGCCGACUCUUCAGAGCAACAAGUCCAGAUGCUGAGCAGUAAAGUGGAGGAGCUGCAGACUUUGCUCGCUGAGACUGAGAGGAAGCUUUCUGCUGCUCAAGAGGACAUCACACGGCUGAGGCAGGAGGCCGAGGCUCAGACACAGAGCUCUGUGACCCUCACCGACCACACACAGGUUGUGUCAUCUCUGGGAAAUGCCAUCAAGGAGCUGGAAAGUGACUUGGAAACCCUCAGAGAACAGCUGCAUCAAAAGACAACACAAGUGGAGGCUUUUCAAAAGAGGCUGAAUGCAGAGCAAGACGUUACUUCGGAAGAUGCAGUUCCCCGCCUGGAACAUGAGACCAUGCGGGAGCAGCUGGAGAGUGAGGUGAACCAUCUGACACAGCUCCUUCAGGCAGCCUUAAGGAAGCAGGAUGAGAUGGCUCUGGAAGCAGCGGACGCCUGGCAGAAGGCCCGAGAUAAUCGUGCAGAGAGGGAAGCUCUGCAGGAGCUCUUGAUGUCACGGGAGAAAGAGAACCAGACUCUGACCUCCAAACUUGCUGAGGCACAGGAUGCGGUGUGUCAACUCAAGCAGCUGGUAGAAAAUCACGUGGCAUCAGAAAGAGAAAAGAACAAGAGGAUAGAUGACUUGUCUCGUGAAGUAGGCAAACUAAAGGAAGCCCUGAACAGCCUAUCACAGCUCUCCUACACUUCCUGCUCCCCGUCCAAGAGGCAACAGCAAAACCAGCAGAUGGAGACGCUUCAGCAACAGCUAAAGCAACUUCAGUACCAGCUAGCUGAAUCAAAGAAGCAGCAUGAUGAAAUAGUGUCAGUCUACAGGAUGCAUCUUCUCUAUGCGGUUCAGGGUCAGAUGGACGAGGACGUCCAGAAAGCUUUGAAGCAGAUAUUGAAGAUGUGCAAGGCGCCAAGUCAAGCCAAGGAGGCCUGCUAAGAGUCAGCUGGGAGUCUCCACAAAAGCACAUUUAUUUUUAGUUUGAACACACAUUGUGCCUGUUUAUAAGCCCAGAGUAUUUGCUUAUAAGGAGUUGGUUUACAAGUAUGUGUUUAUUGCCUUUGCUAAGGUCAUUUUGAACCUUUAAAGCCCUCUGCUCCACAUACAUGAAAGUUUUUUCUGUCAAUGGAUGACUCGCCUGGGAAAGCACACCCAUCAGAAGCCACAUGUGAAAGGAAUUCAGCCAGGUGUUAGUCUGUAAAGAAUAGGCAUCAGUUGCAAAAAUAAAGUAUUCAACUAUUUUUUCCAAGCAACCCUUGAUGUCUUUUAAAAUUUAUUCUGCCAGGUUCCCGCAUUUAGAAAGAUUUCUUUUGAAUCCCAAUUGUAUACAAAAGUAAAACUGGAUGGAGCAGCCCCCAUAUGCAGACCGGUUCAAAGCAGGUGCAAAUAGUAGCAUUAAGGUUGUAAACACAGAUGUGGAAGAAAAACUGUGUAAACUGCUGUUUACAAACUGAUCUUCAAAGCUGCCAAAUAAAAGCAUGAAUAAGGAUUUUGAGCAAUAAUAAUAGAUACAGAAAGGGUCUGGUUGUGCUAAAACCAUCGAUUUGGGUUUUUAAAUGUGUCUUCAGUGUGACACAAACAAUGCUAGAAUGUAGAAACAGCCUCACUGACAUUUUUACUAUCAGAAGUCCCACGUUUUUAUAAAAUAAUUUGCUCAUAUCUGUCCAAAUUGCAGAAUUUACAUUAUUAGGCAGCCUGAACAAUUAAUGGAGCUACACUGAAAAGAGUGAAAAUGAAAGCAUGUGUACCCUGUUUCAGUACUUACCUACAGAAAAAGCUCAAUUCUUCCCAAAAUAGUGACAAAAAAAUGAAAUACUUCCCAAGUUACUGUACUGUAACUGUAUGAGGGUUGUACUUAUGAGUUUUUCACGUGACUGAUUUUAUUUGUAACAAAGCACUAUUUGUUGUAGUUGUUUCUAAACUGUAGAUCUUUCUAUUGUCAUUCAUAUAAUAGACUUUAACUGUUGUAGGAAAGAAAAACAUUUCACUUGUGACAAAUGCUCAACUGCGCAUUUGAUAUUUAUAUGUUUUUAUCUUGGUUUAGUUUCCAUACUGUUUUGUCUUGUUUGCAGACUUUUUUUUUUUUACUUGAAAACCAUUGAAAGCAUGUUGGCUGGAAAUGAUUGGCUGAGUUCUGCCAUGUGCCUGUAAAUCAUCAAACUUCUUUUUAACAUCUCAAUUAUUUAUUGACAUUCACCCAAUUUUAUUUUGCAGUUCCCUUGUUUGAACCAACGAUCAUCUGUAGGUACACAUUAAGUUCAUUGUUUUCAUUCUGCACUCCUUUGCCUUAGCACUGAUCUUAGGGAGGCCACAUUUCUACUGAAAAGCGUUUUGUCUGUUCAGUGACCGAUUAGCACUGACAUGAUUUUGUUUGGGUGAGUCUCUCAGGUAACCUUUUACACCUGACUGAGAUGUUUGACAGAUCUUAUAUCUGAGAUUGUAGGAGACAAACUUCUUGGCUUUAUCCCUCACGUUUUGUACCAGGAAAGGGAAAUCCGAGAAACUUUGUUGUUUGGUUUACUAACGGUUUUGUAGUGACAAGAAAAAAAUUGUUUACCAUCCACUUUAUUAAAUUUUAAAGAUAAGCCGA